UCGAUAAAAUAUAGAAAAGCUAUAGGCCUACAUUUACGUAAUGUAAACGAGCGAGCUUCCUUCCGAAGGCAACUCGAUACCCCCAUAAAGGACACGUUAUACAGUUGUAAGCACACGAUACCAGUUGACCUUCCUUCGUAGCCAUGACGACGAGAUGUUCCUAAAACUGCAAAUGGUGUCAAUAAUCCUUCGAUUAAUAGAACAACCGUGAAAAACUAAUCAAACCAAACAACGGGAGGGAAAUCUUAUUCAACGUGCCACAUGCCAACUCGGCAAAAUAACAACGCAUGCGUACCACGUGGUUAAACAUUUGUCGGAUUGGUAUAAGAUGGCCCAGCUUCCGACAUGAAUCCAAUUCGAAUUAUUUAUGGAAGAGGAGUAGGUUUCCUCGAAUCAUUCCCAGAAUGGCGGUCGAAUGGGGAUACGAUCAGCAUAAUGGACCCCACCUGUGGUGUAAAUAUUAUCCGAGCGCUAAUGGAACACAGCAAUCGCCAAUCAAUAUCGACACGACAUCCAUUAUGACAGAUGAACAAUUGCUUCGUUAUAAAUUGACUUGGAAUUAUGAAUCUGAUAUUUGUACCGCUUUACACAAUACGGGUAACGGAUGGCAAGUUGACGUGGAUGCCAAAGGAUGUUUGGAGGGAGGCCCAUUACAACAUAAUUAUCGUUUACAACAAUUUCACUGCCAUUGGGGAGACAACAGCUCUUACGGAUCAGAACACACCGUAGACGGAAAAACUUAUUCUGGUGAAAUUCAUCUUGUCCAUUGGAAUGCUGAUUUAUUUGAAAAUUUCAAAGAAGCUGCUCGUUGUAAUGGAGGAUUAGCUGUUCUGGGCGUUUUUCUUCAAUUAGGAGAAGAGAAUUCAGAAUUAAACAAACUAACAAAAUUGAUGCCUAAUAUUGCUUAUAAAGCAGAUAAGACUCCUAUAGAAGAAAAAAUUAAUCUUACAGCAUUUUUACCAAAAAACAAAACGUUUUGGACCUAUGAAGGAUCUCUUACUACACCACCCUGUUAUGAAAGCGUUACCUGGAUAGUUUUCAGAGAACCUAUUCAAAUAUCUGAACAACAGCUCGAAGAAUUUCGGAAAUUGCAUCGUAAACCACAACAGACCAAUUCAGAAAAUGCCAAUAAAGAAUCACCCGAAUGCAUUAGGAAGAAUUACAGGCCGACUCAAAUACUUCAUAACCGUCUUGUUCGUGAAGCAUUCUAUACAAACUAAUAAAAAAAAAUUAAAUAAUUAUAUUCUAGUAAUAGAUGAACUAUAUUUUUGGAUAGAAACUUUAAAUCUAUAUAUAAAUUAUAGUUAAGGCUCUGCUUAUGAUAGAACCAAUGCAGAUAAAUGAACAUUAAAAUUGAUAUGGUCAUAAUUCUGUGUUCAUUUAUCUACACGGUCUAAUAUAACAAAUAAAACUGAGCUAAAUUGAAUUCUGCAUGGAAAAACUAUUGCGAAGUCUUCCUGAAAGUUAUAUUUUCAUAUUAUAUCCCCUAUAGAAUAUAUUCUUUAUACAAACAAAAUUUAUAUUUUUAAUGUUUCUGUAUAUAUAUAAAUAUAGAAAGGAUGAAAUUUCUUGCAUAAUUUUAAGCACGUUAAGUUUUAAAAUCAUUUAAUAUUUUUGCAAAAUUCUUGAAAUAAAGUCCAAGCUCUAAGAUACUUUUAUCAUUAUAAAGAACUAAAGUAUUUUUUGAAUAUUUUCCUUUUGAAAUUUCAUCUAUUACUUCUGCAUAUUCCAAUAGCAAUAAAAAUUUUAAAUGAGCAUUGUUUAAACACAAGCGUGUUGUUGCGUGUUUCAAAGUAUUGUGAAAGCAAAACACGGCCAGCCCAUAUUAUAUACAUUUAAGCAUUUUAAAAUUUAUGCUCAGUUUAAAAUUCGAGUGUUUAAAUAAUGGUAAAUUUAUAUAUAGGCGUACAUCGUAAAGAAAAUUUCAUAAAUUACACAUUUAUAUAUUCGGUUACAUAUAGACCUACUUACUUUAAAUAAUAAUUUUAAUAUUCGAUGUGGAAAACGCUAAAUUUUAGAAAAAAAAUAUAUUAAAUUUCAGCUCCAACUGUUACUUAGAUACUACAUUUCAUUAAAGUCUAAUCGGUUCUUAGGUAUAGGUUACUACAGAGUAAUUGCUACAUGCAAAUACUUUACAAACCCAUCAUUUUUUAGGAAGUAAAUUUAUUAAAACUUGAAUGAGAAAAGUUUAUUUAAUUAUUUAAACUAUUCGUCGAGUUGGGUGUUGACUUCACUGAUCUCUUAUUCCUAAUUAAAUAAAAUAAUUUGAUUUUUUUUACUAUUAUAGGGAAAAGUUGCAAUUAUCAUUAUUUUAUUAAGGCGAUUUCCGCAAGAAUAUAUAAUUUUAAAUUCGAUUAAUAGCGUAUAACUUUGUGAUACAGGUCGACUAUCACUAAUCCGGUUCCAUCACUAAUUUCGACUAGCGUAAUUUCAAAUUUCUCUUCUCGCCUCAUCAACCUGUCCCUACUGUUUUGAAGGUGUUCAACAUUGCUCCUUGUACGAUAAUUUUUCAAAAAUUUUCAUUUAAUUUUUGUUUUCUUUUAUUGGCCAACUUGCACUGGUUUACAGGAUAUUUUUAAGAUAGAAUGAGUUAAUUAGCUGUUAGGUUAUGUUCUAGUCUAACCAUCAGUAAUCCGACAUCCUACAAACCCCAAUGCCGGAUUAGUGAUGAUCAAUCUGUAUUUAAAUCAUGUUUAAUUCAAAAAUUACUAGUUCUCACCAUCUAAAGCGAAUUACAUUAGUCAUGUUUCAUAUUUUUAUAGAUAAUUGUGAACGAAAUUCCUUUACCAUUGCAGUGGAAAUAAGAUUUCAUUAAAAUUUUAUCUUUUAACCAUUGCGGAAAAAAAAUCAAAACUUUAAAUAUUUAAAUGUAUAUAGUGUGUGUAUAUAAAUGAAACAGUAAAUAUUUUUUAAUUAUCUUAAUUACAAUUUUUUUUAACAAGUUUAACCAUUUUAAAAGUGAUUUAUAUUUAUUUUUUCAGCUUUUUGAUAUCAAACAUAUCAGGUCGGUAUCGGUUUGUAUAUUCAGCGUGUUUUUUUUUUUUUUAGCUUGAAGUAAUUAAUGUAUAACAUAAUAAGAUAAUACAAAAUAUAGAAUAUUUAUUCGAGUCAUAAAUACAGUAUAUUUUUAGGUAAAGUAGCCUGUUCAUGGUUCAUUUAUACAAACCUAAAUACAUCAUUGUCAACUAUAUUUAUGCCAUAAUACAAUUUAAAGGUUGCAUAAAAUUUUAACUGUAAAUAAUUCUCCGUUAUAAUACCAAGUGUCUUGUACAUGUAAAUUAUAACAGACAUUUUCAAGAAAGGACCUGAUUAAUUUGGCCUCACUUGAAAAAUAAAAAAAAACUUUAUGAUUCUCUUCAUAUGGAAAGUUUAGUAAAUAAUUACAUCAUUAUGUUAAAAAUAUAUAAAAAUGAUCAGUAUUCUUUGUUUUUUGGCAUUCUAAAAGUGUACACUAUAAAUUAUGACUAUGCAGCAUAUAUUUGCAGAGCCUGUACAUAUAUUUUAAAGAAAAUAUUACACAGUAAUCCUUAGUUUAAUAAUAAUCCUUAAUAUAAAUUAAUAUAUUUAUAGUUUAAAAGCAAAGAACAGAAAAAGUUCACUAUAGAAGUUGAUUUCACAUUGUAUUCCCAGUGUAAAAAAUAAACUAGUUUUUAAUAUUAAAAUGUGUAUUUAUAAAAGAUUAUACAUAGUUGUAUUAUACAGAAAAAUCAUAUCAUUUAAUGUUAAAAUGCACAAAUAGAUUGAUUGUAUUUUAGAUUUCUUCCCGAGAAAUCUGCUGUUUUAAUAUAAGAAUUUUAAAAUACUGGUACGUAAUGUUUAUUUGCAUUAAUGCCAUUGUAGAAUGUAAUCUUGAAAAAAUAUAUUUGAAUUAAUAAAUAGA